UUGAGCACUUCCAUAGUGCUGGGAGAGUUUGGUUUCUCCUGGUGACCAUAGUUUGGCUCCUAUUCAGAAUUGCUGCAAUAUGUGACUGCACCCUUGUACGGGCCACGGCUAGACAAGCAGCAAGAGGCUUUACACUGAGUACAAACUCCACCAUGAAUCACCUACUGAAGCUGCCCCGGCUGGCUACCAGAGCCUUCAGCACAACAACCAAACAGAUGAAGAACAAGGUGCCAGAUCAUCAGAACCUAUUCCAGGCGGACAACUGCUUGCCAGUCCACAUCAAGGGAGGGACCACUGAUGUCCUUCUCUACCGUCUAACAAUGACCAAUACCCUCGCAGGCACUGGAUAUUCCUUAUUCUGGAUUCUAUGUGCCUGUCAGCCGAAGGGCAAUUGAGGAAGCCCUGCUAAUGCAUGUGUUUGUUUAAAUCAAUUCCACUUUAUGACCGUCUUCUAAUGUAAUGGGACACUUUAUGUACAGAAUAAAUCUCUCUAUUAUG